AAAAAAGGAAAGAAAGCGAGAGUUGCAGAAGACACACAGAGGUGCCCCCACGGAGACAAGAGGAGAAGAAGACGGGUCGGGUCUUGUAGCUGCUUUCUCCUUCUCAGUCCACUUCUCUUCUCUCUCUCUCUUCUUUCUCUCUCUAGAAUUCCCUUUGCUUUGCCCUUCCCAAAACCCCCACUCCCUCACUUCGUCUCGGGAAUUCAAUUCCCCCUUUUGAUUUUUUUUCUCAAUUGGCGAUUUCUUUCGGGAUUUUCGUUUCGCCGGAAGGGUUUGGCUCGUUCGGGUCGGGUUUUGGACCGUUGAAGAAUCGGUUAAAGGCGAGAUCUGGCUGCGUAUAUUGCAAGGGAUCGGAAUUGUGAUCCAAUUGGAGCUGAUUUCGAUUACCGUUUUGGAUCCGAUCGGGGGAGAAACAGCGCCAUCAGAUGGCGCUGUUCAGACGAUUCUUCUAUCGGAAGCCGCCGGAUCGGCUUCUUGAGAUCUCCGAGCGGGUGUACGUUUUCGACUGCUGCUUCUCGACCGAUGUGUUGGAAGAAGAUGAGUACAAAGUAUACUUGGGUGGCAUUGUAGCGCAGCUGCAAGACUACUUCCCAGAUGCUUCUUUCAUGGUGUUUAACUUCAGAGAAGGGGAUAAGCGGAGCCAAAUUUCCGACGUGCUUACGCAGUAUGACAUGACAGUAAUGGAUUACCCUCGGCAAUAUGAGGGGUGCCCGCUGUUGCCACUAGAGAUGAUUCAUCACUUCCUUCGUUCGAGUGAGAGUUGGUUGUCAUUGGAGGGGCAACAGAAUGUGUUGUUGAUGCACUGUGAAAGAGGAGGAUGGCCUGUUCUCGCGUUUAUGCUUGCGGGUCUUCUGUUGUACCGUAAACAAUACAGUGGGGAGCAGAAGACUCUUGAAAUGGUUUACAAGCAGGCUCCUAGGGAACUUCUCAAUAUUUUAUCUCCUUUAAACCCACAGCCUUCGCAGAUGAGAUAUCUUCAGUACAUUUCACGACGAAAUUUGGGUUCUGAAUGGCCUCCAUCAGAUACACCUCUACUUUUGGAUUGUCUGAUACUUCGAAACCUACCGCUUUUUGAUGACGGAAAAGGUUGUAGGCCUUUUAUCCGUGUUUUUGGUCAAGACCCUUCUACACCAGCUAACAGGAGCUCUAAGCUUCUCUUUUCAACUUUAAGGAAUGAAAAGAAUACCCACCUCUAUGUACAGGCAGAGUGUGUGCUGGUGAAAAUUGAUAUUCGUUGCCGUGUUAGAGGGGAUGUGGUUCUUGAAUGCAUCCACCUAGAUGAAGAUCUGGUUCGCGAGGAGAUGAUGCUGCGGGUUAUGUUCCACACAGCAUUUGUACGAUCAAAUAUAUUGAUGCUGGGUCGUGAUGAUAUUGAUAUUCUUUGGGAUGCCAAGGAUCAGUUUCCAAAGGACUUUAGAGCAGAGGUACUUUUUCUGGACGCUGAUGCUGUUGUGCCUAAUAUCACCACAGUUGUGGCAAGUGAAGAAAGCGAGCCAGGGAAUGCAUCACCUGAGGAAUUUUUUGAGGUGGAAGAGAUAUUUAGCAAUGCAUUGGAUUCACACGAAGUGAAGGCGGAUUUGGACACUUCCAUGGUUCACGACAAUACUCCUAAAGAUAUAGUUCAGAAAAAAAUCUGGAAGGAGGAUUUAGAUCGUCAGGCAUUUGUAGACUGUACGUCAGAUGAUGGGAAGCACAAAAAGGACAGAAAGGCAAAUUCUAAUAUUGAUGCGGUGAAGGACAUUGCUGUUGACGAUGUGAAGUACAAGCUCAAUGAGGUGGAUUCCAAUGUCGAUGCAGUGAAAGACAUUGCUGUGGAUGAUGGAGAUAUGAAGUCAAAUUUCAUCCCAGUUGCUGCUGAUGUGCGGAGUCAUACUGGAUCUAAGGAAGUGGUAGAAGAGGUGUGUCAGAAAUUGGAAGAGAUGGAAGAUAUAAUUAAUGAAGAAGACUGCGCUCCACGGAAGAGGUCAGAGACCAAGGUUGCACAAUCAAAACCGAGUGCUGAGGUCUCUAGACCGAAAUCUGAGAGAUUGCAGCCACCUGCUUAUAAGAGACAGCCUUCAUUUAAUGCAAAAGUAGGUGCAGAAACUACGGUUGCAAAACAGAAGACUAAACAACAAGAAACUCAGGGCACUUCGGCAAAAAUAGCAAAACCAAAUGCAGUAUCUAGGUGGAUUCCCCCUAACAAAGGCUCUUAUACUAAUUCAAUGCAUGUUUACUAUCCACCAUCAAGAUAUAAUAGUGCACCAGCUGGUGUUGCCAGUACUGCUUCUUCAAAAGAUACAAAUGCAAAUGCUCGAUUGAAAGGUUCUUCUGGAACUGUGGUUUCAAAGGAUGUGGAAACUGAACUGAAACAUAGUAAGGUGGACCCUUUGAAGCAUUCAAAGUCUGCACCAGAGACACUUACAGAGACAUCCACAUCCUGCCUGCCAUCGACACUACCACCAAUCCAAGAGACAGAGCUUUCCUCUAUUAAAACAGAACAUAUUGAUGCAGCAGUAGUGGCCCCUCCGCCUCCACCUCCACCUCCUCCUCCUCCUCCUCCUCCUCCCCCUCCCCCGCCCCCUCCACCACCUGUGUCUCAAAUAUCUUCAUUGUACACUUCUCCUAUGCUUUUGUCACCAGCUACCCCAUUGUCACAGGUAGCUGUACCUCCUCCACCACCACCGCUGCCACCUCUGCUAAGUGCUAACUCUAUCUUCUCAAAGCCCUCUUCAGUCUCGUCCUUGUUCCCAUAUCCUCCCCUGCCACCACCACCACCACCACCUCCACCUCCACCUCCACCUCCUUAUGCCUUGUCAUCUAGCACGCAGAAUAUUGGUAUAGCUUUGGUCCCUGCACCUCCCCCUCCCCCUCCGCGACAAUCUGGUGGGCAGAAUAGUGGCACCAUAAUGCCUCCACUGACUUCUUCAUCUCUUUGGAAGGUUGGGUACUCUUCAGCUGCCCGUGUUACACCACAGCCGCCUCCCCCUCCACCUCCUUUUGCUGCAAGUGCAUCCAAGCCUCUUGGAGUUGGAGUACCUACUCCACCGCCACCACCUACUCGUGGUACCCCACCUCCUCCACCGCCUUCUCCUAUGUUGGGAGUUUCAUCUACUCCACCUCCACCACCCCCACCACCACCACCACCUCCAAUGCAAGGAACUCCACCUCCCUUACGUGGAGCUUUACCGCCACCGCCCCCACCACCUCCAAUGCAAGGAGCUCCACCUCCACCACCGGCACCACCGUUACGUGGAACUCCACCUCCACCACCCCCACCACCAUUUUCAGUGCAGGGAGCACCUCCACCACCACCACCACCACCUCCAAUGCGUGGAGCUCCACCUCCACCACCAACACCUCCAAUGCGGGGGCCCCCCCCUCCACCGCCACCUCCUAUGUAUGGUGCCCCACCUCCGCCAACACCUCCUAUGUAUGGUGCCCCACCUCCACCGCCCCCUCCAAUGCAUGGGGGGCCACCUCCACCACCUCCACCACCUUCAGGACAUGGUGCACCACCUCCGCCGCCCGCGCCAAUGCGUGGGGGCACACCUACACCCCCUCCACCACCAUCAGGGCACGGUGCACCACCUCCUCCUCCACCUCCUGGUGGAGGUCGCACUCCCUCACUGCAUGGAGCACCACCUCCCCCACCACCUCCAGGAGGUUGUAGUCCUGGGCCUCCUGCUCCACCUGGACUUCCUGGUGGUGCUCCUCCACCGCCACCCACAUUAGGUGCCAGAGGAGCUACCGCUGGUAGAGGGCGCGGACGUGGGAUACCUGCCACAGCGCCCCGACGGUCCUCUUGUAAACCACUACAUUGGAGCAAGGUGACAAGGGCGUUGCAUGGAAGCCUGUGGGAGGAGCUGCAAAGACAUGGAGAGACUCAAAAUGAGCCAGAAUUUGAUGUGUCAGAGAUAGAGAGCCUUUUCUCUGCUAUAGUUCCAAAACCUGCAAACUCAGAUAAAUCUGGAGGGCGCCGCAAGUCUGCUGGUUCUAAACCUGAGAAAGUCCAACUGAUUGACCUGAGAAGGGCAAACAACACAGAAAUUAUGCUCACAAAAGUUAAGAUGCCACUUCCUGAUAUGAUGGCUGCCGUUUUAGCAAUGGAUGAUUCAGUAUUAGAUGUUGAUCAGGUGGAAAAUUUAAUUAAAUUUUGUCCUACUAAAGAAGAGAUGGAACUUCUUAAGAACUACACUGGUGACAAGGAGACCCUGGGGAAGUGUGAAAAGUACUUUUUGGAGUUGAUGAAAGUGCCUCGGGUGGAGUCAAAGAUGAGAGUUUUUUCUUUCAAGAUUCAGUUCGGCACUCAGGUCUCAGAAUUUAAAAGAAGUUUGAACACAGUAAACUCUGCAUGUGAGGAGGUUCGGAACUCUGCUAAGUUGAAGGAGAUUAUGAAGAAGAUUCUUUUUUUGGGGAACACAUUGAACCAAGGAACUGCAAGGGGUGCUGCUGUUGGGUUUAAGUUAGACAGUCUACUAAAGCUCUAUGAUACACGUGCGUCUACUAGUAAGAUGACACUCAUGCAUUAUCUUUGUAAGAUCCUUGCAUCUAAAUCACCGGGACUCCUUGAUUUUCACCAGGACCUUGUCAGCCUGGAACCUGCAACAAAGAUACAAUUGAAGUCUUUAGCAGAAGAAAUGCAAGCCAUAAUCAAGGGGUUAGAAAAGCUCAAUCAGGAGCUGACGGCAUCAGAAAAUGAUGGCCCUGUGUCAGACGUUUUCCGUAAGACGUUGAAAGAGUUCAUUACUGUUGCUGAGACCGAAGUGGCAUCUGUGACGAACCUAUAUUCUGUGGUGGGUAGAAAUGCAGAUGCGCUUGCAUUGUAUUUUGGUGAGGAUCCCGCCCGCUGUCCAUUUGAGCAAGUUACCGUGACUCUCUUAAAUUUCGUGAAGUUGUUUCGGAAAGCACACGAAGAGAAUGUCAAACAGGCUGAAUUGGAGAAGAAGAAAGUCGAAAAGGAAGCUGAAAUGGAAAAGGCCAAGGGCAUUAACCUCACAAAAAAAACACCAAAAUAGGUGAAGAUUAUAGUCACUCUAUCACUACAUGGGAAAUUGAGCUCUCCUGCCAUACUUGCUCUUAGGACCCAGUGUUCGGUCGCAGUGUUCCUAACCAGUUGCAAGGAGCAUAUUUGCUUUUAGGACCCUGGUCGGAAUCCCUUUCUCAGAGCUUGUGCAACGGAAGGCCCUUUGAGAUUUAUUUGGAUGAGGGCAGAAAGGGCAACUGAUCGAGUCCUGCAGCAUUCGAAGUUGUGAACUAUGCAUGAAUCUUAACUAUACAUGCUUGACAAGAUGUUCAAUCAGAUGAUCACGGCCAACUGAUCAAUCAUGCGGGAUGUCAUACAAAGAGACCGGACCUUGGCUUUCACUCGACAGUUCUAUCCAUUAAUUGAGAAGCAAGGGUUCCCCGAGGCAAUCUGGUUUCGGCUGCCAUCAUGAUGUCGGAUCUGGCCCCUCUGGCGUCCUUGUGAGAGCAAAGUUCAGUCUCGGUUCAGCCUAGGCGAUCAGGUUUCGGCUUUCACCAUUCGUUUGGCAUAAAAUGUACAGCACACACCAAGGAAGAUGCCGUUGGGAUCUGUAAAGCACCCGCCUUCCUGCUGUACCGUUAAAUCCUGUACAAAUCACGCUAACCCUCUCUCCGUAGUUUAGAAUUCAAUUCAUUUUCGUGUAACAUAUAAUUUAGUUCCUCGUUACGUUGAAAUUUUGGAUAGGAGACCCCGUCGUGUUAGGCGUUGUAUAGGUAAUCAGGUUCAGAAAGAAACUAGACGAUCGACGGGGGAAUUUCGUUAAUUUUUUAGGGUAAUUGUAAAAUAAGUAUAGGCUGGUUUUAGAAACUGACUGUUGCUUCCUUAUGGUUGUUAGUCAAAAAGUAUACUUCAUUCAUGAAA